GGUCACCCAGUGAACCCAAGAGACUACUGUGGCUGGACUCCCCUUCAUGAGGCCUGCAACCACGGUCACCAUGACAUUGUGGCAGUGCUGCUGGAGCGAGGUGCCAACAUCAACGACCCUGGUGGUCCCUUAUGUGAGGGAGUGACUCCUCUCCAUGAUGCGCUCGCUUGUGGCAAUUUACAAGUGGCAAGGCUCUUGGUUGAACGAGGGGCUUCUGUCACCCAACGCAACUCCAAGGGUGACUCGGCCAUGGACACUCUGCGGUAUUGGCAGAAGACAUACAGUAGAGAGUUGGACCAGGACACCAGGCAGGAGUGCAUCGCCACAGAGAGGCUGCUGAGGAAGGCGCUCGCAGGGGGAGUGCCUGCUGCUGUGGCUCCGGCCAAGCCUUUCGAUGCCCUGCAGGACAGCCAACUGUUUGAUGCUGAGAACUCAGAGCCACUGUUGUCCUCUGGAGGGGGCUGUCCCCUCAGCCAAGACUGGCCCCAGACCAACAGGAAAUCAGAGGUUAAGGAGGGACCUGCCAGCCCAAAACGAUGGCAGAUCAAACGCCCAACACAGCGGCUCAGAGCCAGAGGAACAGAGGCCGCUGUCCUGUAUGGGAAUAAAAGCAGUUCAUCAGACGACUCUGACUCUGAAUACCGGGUCAGUCCUCUCCGUCCUGUCCGCCCUCGGCAAAGUUUCCCAGCAGCCUCGAGUCAAAAGGAAGUUCCCCCAAACAAGGAAGCCGACUCUGUCCCAACCUCGGGUCGGGAAAGUGUCAGGGAGGCUCCUCCACCGUGUGUCUUUGAACGAGACGAGUACCACAAUGCAAUUCGAGGGCUAGGCAGCGCCAAAUCCCGUCUCCAGGGUCUAACUCAGCCUCAGUUCUCCAGCACACCAGCUGUGUCAUCCAGCAACAAAGCAGCGCUGGUCCCUGAAGAGGAGUAUCUGGCCGACGACUGGCUAGAGGAUGAUUUGGAGGAAUUCCAUCCGAAGAAGAAGAGGAGGCUUCGUGUGGAGCAGAAUGGGAUGAGAGGGGAGGAUGUGGCCUUGUCUUCAGUAGGAAGAAGCCAAAACAGGCACUUUAACUCCGACACAGCCUCCAGAGUUCCUGCAGUUCCUCUCUCCUCCAGCAGGAGUCUCUCUAUGAAAAAGAACCCCUCCUUGAAGCCUCACCAGGUGAAAAUGACUCAGAUGCCGGGGAUGGUCCGGUUGGGCAGACGAGAGGUCAACAGGUCACACAGCCCUACGAUUACUGAUGAUGAGGACAUGAGAGCUGAGACACCUCCACCACCACAAAUACACAUCCAGCCUCCAGCACACACUCGCAUGGUUGCACCGAUGCCCACAUCAAUGCCGCCACCGAUCAGAAUGAGGGUCAGAGUUCAGGAAGAUGUUUUCCUCAUCCCAGUUCCUCAAAGUGAGGCAGACUCCUGCACCGUGUCCUGGCUGUGUGAGCAGGCUGCUCAGCGUUACUAUCAGAAGUGUGGACUCCUGCCCCGCCUCUCUCUGCAGAAAGAAGGGGCUCUGCUCUCCCCCCAGGACCUGCUGCUGGCUGUCCUACACACCAACGAAGAGGUUCUGGCUGAUGUUUGCUCCUGGAAUCUUCCUCCUCUCCCUGAGCGCUACAAGAAGGCCUGUCAAAGCCUGGCAGUGGAUGAGAACAAGCGCGUCACCCGGCUGUGCGAGGUGCAGGACGGGUCCUCCUCGCUGACGGUGUGCGGCCUCAGCUUGGCCCCGUCUUCCCUCAGCCCGCUCCUCCGUGCGCUCAAACUGCAGGCCAGCCUCACCGAGCUGCGCAUUUCCGGCAACCGUUUACAUGACAGCCUUCUCCCCGAGCUGGUCGCCACAACGAUCACCAUGCCACGCCUUCGGCUGCUGGACAUUUCUGCCAGUCACAUUACGGGGGAGGGGCUGGAGAAGGCGGUGAACGCUUUGAAUGGACACAGCCAUCCUGCAUUCCCGUGUCUGGAGGAGCUGAACCUCAGUAUGAACCCGCUGGGUGAUGGUGUCUCUGAGUCCCUGUCCUGUCUGCUGUCCUGCUGUCCUCUGUUAGCCAAACUAUCCCUGCAGGCCUGUGGCUUCACUGCUCGCUUCCUGCAGCAGCAUCGACUGCUGCUAGCAAGUGCUCUAACAGGGACAGGCCACCUGAAAUCACUGUGUCUAUCCCACAAUGCACUUGGCUCCACUGGCUUUGAGCAGGUUUUGAAGACUCUGCCUCUCCACUGUCUUACACACCUGGACCUGUCUGCUGUCCGCAGGGGUCCUGCUGACGCCCCUUCACUGGAACACCUCACAAAUAUCCUCUCUCAAGAUGAGUGUUCACUGACCCACCUGAAUCUGGCAGCAAACGGGUUGACAGACAGCAGUGUAGCCACCUUGGCCAGGUGUCUUCCUUCAUGUCGGUCACUGGUGAGUCUGAAUCUGUCAGCGAACCCGUCUGUAACAUCAGCAGGACUAUACAACAUCCUGAACGCUCUCAGAGAGGCUGGUCGCCCUCUGACCCUUCUAGACAUGCAAGGCUGUCAAGUGUCCGGCCCCUGGGACAGUGAGGGUCUGGAUGGGUUGUCAGAGCUGGUCCAGGAUCUGCGUCUCUGCUCUCAGGGACUCAAUAAACUGGACCGUCAGGCCUUAAAGCAGAGCUGGGACGUCAGUCGCUCUCAUCACGGACUCUUGGUUGAUCGAAACGGGAAGUUCCUGCUCUCUGCUGCGGCCUCCUCGUGA